AAAGAGCUGUGCUACUGUGAAGGAAGGUGGGAGAUGGUGGUGAGUGUAAACUUAAGCUGUAUAUGAGAAUAAGAUCCAGACUGUAUUACUGUAUUGUACACAGGAUUUCUAAUCCCCCCAUUCCUGAGGUCAUUUUUGUUAGAAGAGAUAAGAUCCUACUUUUACUUUACCAAGUGCACAUUUCACAAUUGAUGUCUGGCUGUACUUAGAACAAUAAUUUAGCUGGAGCUGUGAUUGAAAUAUUUGAAUUUCAGGAAAAGUCUGCAACAUGUGUGCAUUAAAGUUUUGCAGAUUAGGUUGAUGUGUUGUAAAACACUGAAAACAAACGUUGAUUUACCACCACCAAAGAUAUAGUGACCUUUAACUCCUAAUUAUCUAUAAAAGAAAACUUCGUGGAUAUAAAUCUGGCAUUUGUAUUUGAUCACAUUUUAUCUGAACGUGUCCUCGCCGCCAUCAUAAAGUCAAAGUGCCCCCUGGUGGCUACGUAGAGAAAAUUUUCAGGCAUGCGCAGUCGAGUAAAAAUCCUCGAAUAGCGCCUGCAGGACAUACGGGUGGAGACUUGACGUGCAGGGAUACUACAGAGUACUUCACCGUGAGUUAAGCUGACAGUGUGAAAACUUGUGAGAGGAAACAUGGCUGCAAGGUGAGUUAUUUAUAUUACUGGUCAAAAACUUAAAGGAAAUGAUGCCAUACUUAAAGUCAAGUUCAGUUUACAUUGUAUGAAGUUAGAAAAGAGUUUUUUUUUUCAUGUUUUCAUCUGAAUUUCAGCUUCACCGGGGUCUUUGUCCUUCUCUCAGUGCUUCUCACUGGACUGAAUGCUUCAAGGUACUGUAUCCUAUAGAGGCUUUUGUCCUGAUUUGACCUCGUCUAUCUCUAGUUCUCUGUUCUUUUUGUGUAAUUCUUCUGCCUAACUGUGUUUUACAGACCAGCCAUCAACCAGGAGCUGUCCGAUAUCUUCAAUGAGCUGUGGAGGCUGGAUGUGAACCGCCUGACUCCUGGUGAGGACUACACAGUCUCUGUUCAGGUAAGGAGUCUGCUCUCAUUCAGACAGCACUCAUCCUCUGCUUUCAUAAUCACACACUCUCUGUUUUAUCUGUUUCAACCAUACAGGGUAGAGCCAACUUUGUAAAUCAGGGCAGCCAUGUUGUACAGGACCACGCCUCUCUGCCUCUGUUCUCCAAUGUCAGUGAGAGCAAACUGAACAACAUCACUACCUUCUCCAGUGAGUGUCUCUGCAGCAAACACGCCUCUUUAUCAUAGUCCUUCUCUUCUGCUUGAGAACUAACUCAGAUCACAUUUAUGCUUCUGCAGGGCUCACAAAACUCCUGGACAACUAUGAGCGGUCUACCGGCGUGGCAGAGCGUGUCACAGCAGAGGAGCGGACAGAGAUUAAUCUCUUCCUCGAUGCUGUGCUGGAGACAGAAGUCAUGAAGGUGUGUCCAGAUUACACCAUGCACACUUUUGUACACCUCAUGUCUUCCUCCUGCUUAUCAGUAAGGAGAUGAUGCACAUUAAAAAGCAAUCUCCUGUUAGAGGUGUUUUCCUCCUCUUUGGUUGUUUUUCAUGCAAAUCUCAGGUCUUUGGCUGCAGCUGAAAGUCUCUUCCUGUUUCACUGCUUGAUCAACACAUUACUUCAUGAUGAUACGAUGAGAAAAAAACAGUCUGGAAACAGCUGCAUGCAGCUGAGGAAUGCAGUGUUGGCUUCAGUGAUAUCCCCUAGGAGGAUUCGUGGAGAAAUGUGAACGGGAGUACUUUUUGAAUCAGGCAUGUUUGUCUGAUGGUCCAGAUGACUGCAAUUUACACCAAGACCAAAGUUUUAAGCUUCACUCUCAGGGUCAAGAUUCAUUUUUCAAGCUUGUCUGAAGAGUAAAAUGUUUUACACCAACUUUUUGACUACAGAAAUAGUCAUUGUGACUUUUUAUCCAAUCAGUACUCAUUCACGUGUUGCAGUCUUAGUUAAAUAUAUAUACCAUUGAUGAUAUUUUUUUUAGGGAAGCCCCUUUUACAUUACAGCAAGACCAUGCUAAACCAUGUUAUGAGCACAUAACAACAGUGUGGCACUAUAGUAGAAGAGUCCCAAAGACCUAUACUGGUCGGCAGCACCAGCUGGAAAGAUUAGGUGGAUUUUAACCCAGAAAUAUGACAAAAGAGACUUUAAACUGUUGAGCUGCUGAAAUCCUGUAUUAGGCAAAGAUGGGACGUUUCAGUUUCAAAACUUCCGAAACUGGUACUGAUGUCUGAAAAUGUAAAGUCAUGUGUUAUACUGCAUUAUAAUCUAAAAGUCUGAUUUUAGAUAAGAUGAGACUGCUGAUUUUUCAAAGUAAAAGUCUUAAAAUGCAUUUUCAGCUGCUCUUAGAUCCCAACAGUUUCAUCAUUUUAGUCUCACCAGAAUAGCUCAUUGAACUUUAAAACAUUAAAAUGUCUAAAGUAUAAAGAAAAAUGUUUGGAGGUGUCUGGAAACAUGAAGCGGUUACUCUGUUGGUUAAAACUGUAAAGUUAGAAAUGUGUUUUAUUAGGUUUAAAAGAGUCAAAAAUGCACAUCUGCAUUCUAGAUUUUUUUAUAUGUUUAGAGUAACUCUCACACCAGAGUCUGGUUUGUAUUUUUUAUAACAGUAGAUGAUAUGUGUAAGCUCAUAAAUGUGUUGUUUUCUCCACAGCGGGCUCAUAGGUAUCUGGUGAGCAAAGGACAGUCCAGCUCUAAUCUGAGGACUUUCAGGAGUCAGCUGCACCUGAUCUGGUUCCAGCUCUACCACAGACAAAGAAACACAGGGUGAGAUUGUUUAAAAAGGUUGUGUGAUCAUUUGAAAGGAUAUAUAUACAUAUAUAUAUAUAUAUAUAUAUAUGUAUUUUUUUUUAAUGUAUUUCCAAAUUCAAUCACUCACCAGCCUGGACUCCAGUGGAUUUGAACACGUCUUUGUUGGGGAGACAAAAUCUCAAACAGAAAUUGUUGGUUUUCACAACUGGGUCCAGUUUUAUCUGCAAGAAAAAAACAAUCACCUCGACUAUAAGGGAUACAAGGCCAGAGAUCAUGACUUGGUAUGUCGACCAGUUCACACAGAAAGAGAUAAAUUUCUUGUAUCUGACUUGAUUCUUCUAAAUCAUGUUUGAUGUAUUUCUGUCUGCAGCCUGAUCAAGACGACCACGUCCUGAACCUCCAGUUCAGCUGGCACGGUUUGGUAAAGCCAGUUGGCAGCGCCUUCAUCGGGACCAGUCCUGAGUUUGAGAUGGCACUCUUCACCAUCGUCUUCCUCAUGAACACAGAGAAGAGCACCACAGUGCUGGUCAACAUUGACCAGUGUCAGAUGGAGCUGGUGGUCAUCAGACAUGGACGCUCACUUGGGACAGCUUAUCCCAAACUGCUCAGCAGCAACAGCCGACAUGUUAGACAGCACUCAUACCAAGGCUGAGGAUCCUGAGAUGCCAUGUGAUGCCAAGUGAUACCCCCAAUCUCAUAUUAAACAUGAAUCUAAGGCAACAAAUGUUUGAUUAAAUCAGCCUUUUGGUGUGUGGAAAUCUCUGAUUUUCUUAACUUUAUGACUUUAUCCAUAAAAACUAUUUUAAUUGAUUAUAUAACACUUUUCUAAAUAUUUUAAUCUUUUUUAUCAAACAAUGAAAAAUAAUCUUUCACUUAAACAUUUCAACAUCAUGGGAUUGUGUUUUGGUUGUGAUGCAAAGCGAAGAAAUGCACCAAUCCAAUACAAAAACACCCUUUUGUGUGAAAGUACAUUAAAGGUUUUUCAAUAGUGUA